UUGCACCAAAACAAAAAAGUUAAUUAUUAUGUCAAAUUUCAGUAAAACAUUUCGACAAUUUUUCAUUAAAUUUAAUGUUUGAUAUUCGAAAAUAAAAACGUAAAAGCACAUAAAAAUAUGAUGAAUUUAAAUUAUAAUGCCAAAAAGAGAGCCUAAAAAAUGCCGUCAAUGGGAACGAGAACGUCGUAAUCGGCUUAAAACACAAUUUAAUGGUCUAAGCAAAGUUUUACCUUCAUAUGAUCCAUCAGUACCUCUCAGUAAAUCUGAUAUUUUGAAAGGAGCUACAAGUUAUAUCAAAGAGUUACAAACACUCAAGCAAAAAGUAAUUAAUGGAGAUCAAAGUUUACACGAUGAUUUAAAACGUGAUUUACAAAUGUUGGACACACGCAUUCAAAAAUUAUUGAAUCGAAACGAACAAUUAGUUGCAUUGUUACAAAAUGCUGGAAUACGAAUUCCAACCGAAUUAAAAGCAGAUAAACAAUUCUGUAAGCCAAAGUUAUGGUCGAAUAAAAUUACUAAAGAAAAAGCUGAUAUUUUAGCUGAACAAGUAAAUAAUGCUGAGAAAGAAAAUGAAAAGACAAAAGAUACAAAAAAGGUGAAAUUAAAAAAGACCAAAACAAAAAACAAUGAAAAUAAGAAAAUUAAAACAAAUAAAAAAAUUAAAAAACCCUUAAAAUCAAAAACUUUAAAAGUUUUACACUACAACAAUAAUGUGGGAACACAGAACAGCUCUAGUCAAGUGUUGAAUGUGACCAGCUAUUCGACGGCAUCGUCAAAGGCUAUUGUACCGUACCAUUCGAAUUCGAUACAAUCACAAACUUCAUCGAUUAUUAUCAAUAAUCCAACGAUUACUUGUAAAAAUGCAGGCGUUACAAAUUCCACUCUACUGUCCACACCAAUUAUGGCAACUGGAAUCACAACAGAUUCCCGUUCUAUAACCAGUUUAGGUCCAGGUACACUAAUUCUAGCUAAUGGUAAUGUAUUCCCAAUAUUACCUGGCCCAUCACCUGCGACAAUUAUUCAACAGCCAACAUUAUUAGUGACAAAUACAGCACCUGCCACAAAUCAAACUUUGCUUGUAGUCGGAAAACCACCUCAAACAAAUAUUAUCGACACCAGAAAAAAUGAAAGUACGACAAUUUUAAAACAAUAUCCACGAAUUGCUAUUAAACGGCCUGGAAUCACUAAAACCACAACUGUUAAUAAAGUUCCAAUACCUGCAUUAACAUCGAAAUUUGGACGAAAAGUGAUUGGCAAAGAGAAUCAAAAGAAACAAGCCGUAAAUAGUAAAACAUCUACGAUAACUGUCCAAAAUAGUGAUAAACAAUCGAUAAAGCGUAAAAAUACAAUCACGUCUCCAAAGAAAUGUGACUGUGUUGAGAAGGAAACCGGAAAUCAACCGCCGGAGAAAGUUCCUAAAUUAAUUGAAAAAAACAGCACUGAAGAUGAACCUCGUAAGGACACUAAGAGUGAAGAAAUUCCAGAGAAAAAAGUUCCUGUUAGUAAUUAUAGUGUUGACUCUUUGUGUGCUAAAACGGAAUCAUCGAACGAAGAAAAGAAGACGCAACAAGAUGUUGUAAAAGAAACCGAAAAUUCGAAAACCACCGGUGAAAACAACGUUUCCUCACCAGUGACAUCAUUUUUGGAUAUUCCAACAACUUCAGUAACGGUUCAAACAUCAACCUCAACGAUCUUGGACUCUGCUGUAUCAACAGUAUCGAAACCCCAAGAAAAUUUAUCGCUUACGCUUCCAACACAAAAUCAUUCAGAUUUUUCUAAUGAUUUAUUUUCGACAUUAAACAUUCAAAAUCGACAUCCAGAAUCAAUUUCUCCAACUGCCGCGUUUUUAUUAGCGUUUCCAUUGGUAUCGACGCUAACGGGUGGAAAAACUGAAAACGCUGAUGACGAGAAUUCCGAGAGUCAACAUGACCCACCUACACUGUUACAAAUUGGAAAUAUCGAAACUAAACAACACACUGAGUCACAAAUUUCCUUCGAUAAUAUCCCAAAUUUUUACACCACAACCGUAAAACCGAAAAAAAAUUUAGUAGAUCCUUUCAAACCAAAGCCUAAAUUGAAAGGAUCUGCAAAUAUUCUGGAUACAAUUAAUACAAAUACUUUGAUUCCAGAAAUUCCAUCAUUUCAAAAUCAUAUUUUUAAUUACGAACAUACACCGGUUACAUGCAAUAAAAAUUCUAAAUCGCUUCCAACCACUUCUUCGAUAUCUUUUCCCACAUCGAAUAAUUCCUCAAUGGAAGUCAAUUAUUCGGACAUACCAUAUUCUAAUUCCACAUCACUCCUAUCAAAUUCUGGAACUGUAUCCACAUCGACCAUAGACUUACAAAUUACAAAAACAUCAGCACCAUACAUUUCGAAAAUCACGACUACAAAUUAUAACAAUCGAGAACAAUUUAAAUAUCCUGAUUUUAAAAGUAUUCCUGUGACAUCCUCCCAAAAACCUUUAGUAAAUUGGAUGACAACACCUUCCACAACAAUGUCAGAUAAUACAACGUCAUUUUUACCAGACUUUGGUAGCGGAAGUACGACGAAAACAAAAUAUUUUAAAUAUAUUGAAGAAGUUGGAGGAGAUUCGAGGAAUUAUACAGAAGAACAAUAUCUAUGGACAUCGUCUUCAACAACAAGUGUAAAUAUUGCACCCCCUUCCACUUUACCCAUGCUAAUGGGUGAUUUAGCAUUGAGUACGACUUCAACAUAUACACUUGGCGCGAAGUAUGACAGUUCAAAAGAUUUUAUUCCGAAUACGGAAGAAUAUUACUCGAAAAAAAUUGUUAAACAAUCUUUCGGGAGUAAUAAAGAUCAACAAGGGAAGGCGAGCAAACCACAAUAUUCGGAGAAUCCACCGAAUAAUACAUUUUUGUCUGUCAGUCAAUUGGUUGAUCACGGGAAAUCGGAACAGCGUGGAAUUAAAACAUCCCCACGGAAAGUACAAGCACCGUCUUUAAAACAACAUCGACCAUCGAAAAAUGAACAAAAAAAUUAUAACUGUAGUGCCGGUGUCAAGGAGGCUACAUUUUCCGAACCACUAUACCCAAAUAACCAAAAUUGGAUCAAACAAUCCCCUUCGAGUAACCAUAAAAAUCCAACAAAAAAUGAACAAAAAUCAUACAUUACGUCUCAUGUUGCUGACUCUCAAUACGAUACCCAAAGUUGGAUCAAACAAUCCACGGAUCAAUCGAAGAAUCAACCCAAAAAUGAACAAAAAACAAUCGAACGCUACAAUUGUAACACGACAAGUAAGGAGUCAACAUUUGUAUCACAUGUUCCAGAAAUAUCUUAUGAGAACCAAAACUGGAUGAAACAAUCUACGGAUUCCAAGAAUCUACCAAAAAGCGAUUUUAAAACAAUUGAGAGCUAUAAUUGUAGUACCGGUACUAAAGAGCCACCAUUUGUAUCUCAUGUUUCAAACACAUCAUAUGGAACUCAAAAUUGGAUUAAACAAUCCACAGAUAAGAAUCCGCCAAAAAGCGAUCAAAAAACGGUUGAAAAUUAUAAUUGUAGCCCCGCAAUUAAAGAAUCACCAUUUGUGUCUCAUGUUACAAAUACGACAUUUGCCACUCAAAAUUGGUUAAAACAAUCCACUGACUCUUCGAAUCAUAAAAACGUAUCGAAAAGUGAGCGAAAAACUGAACGAUAUCAUUGCAGUAACACUCAUGUCUCAGAAAUACCAUCAUUUGAAACUCAAAACUGGUUAAAGCAUCCCACGGAUAAGAGUUCAUCGAAAAGUGAAUCAAAGACUAUUGAAGGAUACAACAGUUGUGGCAAAGAAGCGGCCUCAUUUGUAUCUCAUGUUUCAGAUAUCCCAUAUGACGCUCAAAAUUGGAUGAAGCAAUCUACAGAUCCUUCGAAUCACAAAAAUCCACCUAAGAGUGAACAAAAAUCCAAUGAACGCUAUAGUUGUGGAAAUAACAAAGAAUCCACAUUUGUACCUCAUACCCCUGACACAUCGUUUGAGACCCAAAAUUGGGUAAAGCAAUCUACAGUCCCUUCGAAUCACAAAAAUCCGCCUAAGAGCGAACAAAAACCAAUUGAACGUUAUAAUUGUGGCAACAACAAGGAGUCGACAUUUGUGCCUCAAAUUUCUGACUCAUCUUUCGAAACCCAAAAUUGGGUAAAGCAAUCCACAGACUCUUCAAAUCAUAAAAAUCCACCUAAAAGUGAACAAAAACCAAUCGAACGCUAUAAUUGUGGCAACAAGGAGAUUACAUUUGUGCCACAUAUUUCUGACACAACUUUUGAGACGCAAAAUUGGGUAAAACAAACAGAAUCCUCGAAUAACAAAAAUGUUUAUAAGAAUCAAUCUAAAAUCGAACACAAAACAGUUGAACGAUAUUAUAAUACUCAAAACGAGACACAAAAUUGGAUGAAAAACACAACGGACUCCAAUAAACAUGUAUAUAAAAAUUGUUCGAGUACAUAUUCUGCCGAGGCCUUAAUUAGUGGCCAAAGUUCCACAAAUUAUCCAUACUCAACAUCAAAACGUGGAUAUGUACCAACAUUUGAUCCUAUUCAACCGUUCUAUAACAAUGAAUACUCAACACCUCAAGAAUCCACAAACUAUUAUCCACAAAAUUAUCAAAACUUCCAAAAUUAUCAAGAAUUUGAUGAUAAUUAUAACACACCAUCUUUAUUUUCAUCUAGUGGGGGCGCAUCGAAUCAAAUUAAAGCUUGUUCAAAGGUAAAAGAUAAUCGUAAACUUGCGGGAAAUGUUUCCGUUCCAUGUUCGAAUAUAAAGCGUACUAAUAAACGUAAACCAAAUUUAACCGAACCACCGCCGUCUUCGGGAGGAAUCGGUACGUCAACAACAACAUUGCCAGGUUUUUCUGAUUUAGGAUUUUUGUCAAUAUCAUCGACAAAUUCACCAUCAUUGCUGCCAACAGAUGAUCCAUUCCAUGUUCCAAAUUUAUUUAACACAACAAAUAAUACAAAUUCUUCGCAGAUUUAUUCGCAAAGUUAUUCCAAAAAUCAACAUCCAGAUCAUUUAAUCGCGUCUACUUAUACUUCAUCGUGUAAUUUAUUACCACCGCUAGCAACGUCCGUUUCGUUAGCGACACGUAAUCCUACGUUACCAACUACACAAAAUAUUGUGUCUACACCAACGGCUGGCGUCAACGUACCAUCGUCCGUUGGCGGAAACAGUUUAGCUAACUUCAAUUUAAGCACAAUUUUCCCGGAAAUCAAUAAGCCAGUGAGUUCAAGUGGAGUGUAUGAGAAUUCAACGUAUCACCAGCAUCGUGCUCCAAUCAAUAAUAAUCUUCCAAAUUUAAUACCACAACAAAAUUGUGGAAAUUAUACAAAUUUACAAUAAUCCAGCAUGGAUUGAUUUGUGUACAUUAACAAGGGGGUGAAAAUCUUAUGAAAAAUAUAUAAAUAUUUUUUUUUUGUUGGCCUUUUUAAUUUUUUUUUUUCACAAAUGUUUGUACUACACUUAAAUUGCUAACUAACGUUUUAGGCGGCUUUUUGGAGCGAGUCAGAAAUGAUUUCGAAUGUUUUGUUUAUCAUACUUUGAUUAGUAGAUUAAAAUUUGGCCACUUGAAAAAGGAAAAGAUUGCCGACUUGCACUGUGUUUUCAUUGAUCCAUGAAAAUUUAUAUUUCGUUUCAUAUCUCAUUCAUAAUAUUCCUUGAGUAAUCGUGGGUGGAAAUCAAUGAAAAUGAUGCUGAUGUGAUCGUUAAUAUUUUUUUUUUGAAAAUUAGUUUGAGAUGGCAGAAAUGAAAAUCUACUUCAAAAUAAAAUGUAGGUAAUAUAGAACGAAAUAGAUCUGAUACAUUUUUGAAGUUAUACUUCUUUA